GGUCCGCACCGCACUACAUGCAGAAUGUUCGUUCGUCAAAUCUUCACAGUUCACCCUCUUAUAAACGUGCUUUUCCUUGAGUGCUAAGCAGUGAAAUCAAAACCCUUUGUUUUGUUUCAACAAACCAAUACCAACUCCUACCAACCGCAACUUUUCCAUGGGGCUUUCCCAGUUGAAUUCAGCUCCCCCAUCCUCACACUCCUCAUCCUUUUAUAUGCGUGCCUUUAUUCUUCUCUGGUGGUGUGGCUUGUUAGUCACCUCUGUGGCUGGCGGGAAUAAUGAGACGGACUGGUUGGCGUUACUUGAGUUCAAAGCCAAGAUCACUGAUGACCCUCUCCAGGUUAUGAGCUCUUGGAAUGACAGCAUCCACUUUUGCCAAUGGCAAGGGGUCACCUGUGGUCGCCGACAUCAAAGGGUCACUGCUUUAAACCUACGAUCUCUGAAACUGGUAGGCUCUAUAUCUCCACAUGUAGGAAAUUUAAGUUUUUUGAGAAAUCUAACCAUCCAAAACAACAGCUUUCAUAAUGAAAUCCCUCCUGAAAUUGGUCGUUUGCAUAGAAUUCAAUUUUUACAAUUGCAAAAUAACACUCUCAGUGGAAAAAUUCCUAGCAAUUUUUCUGGUUGCACAAACCUCGAACUUCUUUAUGCCAGUCACAACCUUUUGAUUGGAGAAAUCCCUGCAACACUUGGCACCUUGUCAAAGCUUAAAAACUUUUUUAUUUUCAAUAAUGAUCUAACAGGAAGUAUGCCACCUUCUUUAGGAAACUUAUCAUCUCUAGAAUUCUUGUACUUUGCUGAAAAUCAUUUGGGUGGGGUUAUCCCUGAUUCUUUUGGCCAAUUGUCCAAGAUUAAAAUUUUUGGUGUGUAUUCAAAUAAGUUGUCUGGUACAAUUCCUCCUUCAAUCUUCAAUCUAUCUUCAUUAAUAAAAUUUCAUGUGGGACUCAACCAAAUCCAAGGGCAUCUUCCGUCAGACAUAGGUUUCACUCUACCAAAUAUUGAAUAUUUAAGCAUUGCCUACGACCACUUUACUGGAUCUAUCCCUAUUUCAAUAUCUAAUGCCUCAAAUUUAAUUACACUUGGAUUGAACCACAAUAAACUAAGUGGAAAAGUUCCUUCUUUGGAGAAGCUGAACAGAAUUUCAUUUUUUGCCAUUACCAAUAACAUUCUUGGAAAUGGAGGGAAAAAUGACUUGAGUUUUCUCUGUUCUUUGACAAAUUCCACCUAUUUGGCUAAAUUGGGUAUCAAUGGAAAUAAAUUUGGGGGAGAGUUGCCCAAGUGCAUUGGCAAUUUAUCAACUACUCUCGACACAUUGGUUCUCGAUACUAAUAAAAUAUCUGGAAAGAUUCCUACUGAAAUAGGAAAUUUGAUCAACUUGGAGAGACUCGAUAUGUAUCAGAAUAAAUUAUCAGGUAAUGUUCCCUCUAAUGUUGGAAAGCUUUAUAAGCUACAAAUGUUGCAAUUAGAUAGAAACAACUUCUAUGGAAACAUUCCAUCUUCUAUUGGAAAUUUAACGGUCUUGACAAUAUUGAGUUUACCCGAGAAUAACCUUCAAGGAAACAUCCCUUUAAGUCUAAGCAAGUGCCAAAAUUUGAUACAUUUGGAACUUAAUAAAAACAAUCUCAAUGGUUUGAUAUCCCCACAAGUCAUUGGUCUCUCAUUCUCACCAAUUUUUCUAGAUUUAUCUGCCAACCAAUUUACAGGUGUCUUUCCCAUGGAAGUAGGGAAUUUGAAAAAUCUAGAACAUUUGGAUAUAUCUGAAAACAUGUUAUUUGGUAAAAUUCCAGCAAGUCUCGGUAGUUGCAUGACGCUAGAAUUUUUAUCCUUGAGAAGAAACCUCUUUGAAGGGAUUAUUCCUCCAUCUUUGGUAUCAUUAAGAGGCCUCGAAAAAAUAGACCUUUCUAACAAUAAUUUGUCUGGCCAAAUUCCAAAAUUUUUGGAGGUCUUUGUGUACUUAAAAUUUUUGAAUCUAUCUUACAACCAUUUCGAUGGUGAGGUACCAAAAAACGGUGUUUUCAAGAACAUAAGUGCAACUUUUAUAAAGGGAAAUAGUAAGCUCUGUGGGGGGAUACCUAAGUUUAAGCUUCCUAAAUGUAAAUAUGAAAAUUCAAAGAAGAGGAAGUUGACACUUACCUUGAAGAUAAUAAUCUCCAUAUUUUCUGUGCUUUUUGGAAUAACUUUGGUUAUGUCACUUCUAUUUAUUGGUUCUAUAAGAACAAAAAGAAAAGAAAAUACCUCAAGUGACUCAGGAAACUUGCUUUUGAAUGUAUCUUACCAAAGUCUCCUAAAUGCAACCAAUGGAUUUUCUUCUACCAAUUUAAUUGGUGUGGGUAGCUUUGGGUCUGUGUAUAAAGGAAUUCUUGAUCAAGGUGGACAAGUGAAUACAGUUGCUAUCAAGGUGCUCAACCCUUACUAUCAUGGAGCUUCCAAAAGUUUCAUAGCUGAGUGUGAGGCUCUACGAAACACUAGACAUCGAAAUCUUGUAAAGGUGCUUACAUCAUGUUGUGGUAUUGAUUAUCAAGGUCAUAAUUUUAAUGCUUUGGUAUAUGAGUUCAUGAGAAAUGGCAACCUAGAUGAAUGGUUGCAUCCAACAUCAAGAUCAAAUGAGACUCUUGAGGAACCAAGGAGUUUGAGUUUACUUCAGAGAUUGAAUAUUGCCAUUGAUGUUGCUAAUGCAUUGGAUUAUCUUCAUCAUAAUUGUCACACAACAAUUGUUCACUGCGAUCUCAAGCCUAGCAAUAUUCUUCUUGAUGAUGAAAUGGUUGGACAUGUAGGUGAUUUUGGCCUGGCAAAAUUCCUUUCUGGUGCUAUCCAAGAUUCUUCUCAGAACCAAUCAAGCUCCAUCGGGAUACGAGGAACAAUUGGUUAUACUCCUCCAGAGUAUGGAGUGGGAAAUGAAGUCUCAACUUAUGGUGAUGUCUAUAGUUAUGGCAUAUUAUUGUUAGAGAUGUUCACAGGAAAAAGACCUAUUGAUAACAUUUUCCAAGAAAGCUUAAACCUUCAUAACUUUGUUAAAGCAGCUUUGCCAGAGAGAAUAAGUGAUAUUAUUGAUCCUAUCCUUCUUUGUGAUAGAGAAGAAGGGGAGACAAGGGUAAAUGACAUAACUCGUAAUAAGAGCCAAAAUGGAGGUCCAAAAAUUCAAGAAUGCUUGAUUUUUAUUCUUGGAAUUGGAGUAGCUUGUUCAGUUGAACUUCCAAGUGAAAGGAUGAACAUGAGUGCUGUUAUAAUUGAGCUACACGCAGUUCGAAAGAAACUUCUUGGAACUAAUCUACGAAAAGAAAGGCUCAAAGCCACAGGUAAAUUUUGUGUCUUGUUAGGCAUUAUAAUUUGGUAGGACUUCCAUAUAGUAAUUAGAAGACACAUAUAGUUCAUCAAAAAAAAAAAAAAAAUAAGACACAUGUCUUUGUAUUAGUAUUUAUGUUAGUAUUUUCAAUUUUGUAUUUUAGCAAAGCAGAAAAGAUAGGUGCCACUUCAAAAUCGACAUGCUCAUCAUGCUAUACUUAGUAUGGGAAUAAGGCAAUAAGCACAAUUACUCUUCUAUAAUACCUAUACGCAUAAUAUGCCACUCUCUAUUUUCUAUUUGGCGAUUUCUAUGCUACCAUUGAAGUUAUUCACAAGAAAUUUGCUUACAUAUUAUGCUAACAAUGACAUAAGAUUAAAUUAAUGCGCUAGAAAGUUGAAGUAAACAACCUUGUUAGAGAAGCCUUUCUUGUUUAAAAUUUUAAAUUAAAUCUAGGUAAAUGGGUACCAAAUCUAUAGAUAUUGAAUGAGUUAGGAUUUGUUUCUAACUAUUAAUUAAAACAUGAUUAAAAUUUUAACUUACAAAUUAAGUUAUUGAUAAUUGCUAUCUUUUGAAUUCUUUUUAUUAUAGGGAAAACGUCAUUUAGUAUAGUAUCAUUUUCUGAAGUUUAAAGCUUAUUAUUUACAAUAUUGAAAUUAUCU